AUGGGUCUUUGGGGAUUAACCAAGUAUAGCUGGAAUGAUGCUGUGCUCGUGCUGAUGCUGCGAGCGAAGGAACGCAAAAAUGCAAAGAGUUGCUCCGGCCAGCCCCCCCCCCUCCCCUCCCCUCCCCUCCCCUCCGGCUCUGCUCUUUCGCUCGUCUGCUCCGAGCCACUAUCCAGAAAAUGGUGUAGAAUAUCAGUUAAAAAAAAAACAACCCAGGCAGCGACAAGAGAGACCAGCGAGGCUCCGGGGCUUUCACGACAACGGCACAGGAGAGCCAUUCAGAAGAGCCGGGGGUCAAAGGUGAGAAGAGCAGAGGGCACCAUGGAGAGUGAGCCGGGGGCCUCCGCGGCCAACAGCACCGGCGCCGCCGCCGCCGCCGCCUCCUCCAGCACCACAGCUGCCAGCAGUAGUAGUGCCUCUAACACUAGUACUACUACGACGACUGCCACCACUUCCAGUAGUAGCAGUAGUGGUAGUAACACUAACAGUAGUGCCAGUAGUAGUACGACAGCCGGAAGACAGACAGUGCCUCAGAUAUCUGUGUACAGUGGGAUACCUGAUCGACAAACAGUGCAGGUGUUCCAGCAGGCGUUGCACAGGCCGAACACGGCAGCGCAGUACCUGCAGCAGAUGUACGCCGCUCAGCAGCAGCAUCUGAUGCUGCAAACCGCCGCCCUCCAGCAGCAGCACAACCUCAGCGCCGCUCAGCUCCAGAGCCUGGCCGCUGUACAGCAGGCUAGUAUCGCAGCUGGCCGGCAAAGCUCUUCACAGAACGGCACUUCCUCCCAGCAAACGGGAUCAACUCAGGCUACGAUCAACCUGACGACCUCCCCGGCGGCCACACAGCUGAUCAGCCGGGCUCAGAGCAUUAGUUCGACCCCCACCAGUAUUUCCCAUCAGGCAGUUCUGCUGGGCAGCCCAUCCAGCCCCACGUUCACAGCCAGCCAGGCACAGAUGUACCUGCGUGCACAGAUGGCACAACAGAACAACCUGGUGCAGGUGGCCAGGAGCCUGGGCCGGGCGGUCCCUCUGUCGCCGCAGCUCAUCUUCACUCCAACGGCCACAGUGACGGCCGUCCAGUCAGAGAGCUCCACGCAGGCCUCCUCCCAGAAUCAGGUCCAGAAUCUGGCCAUCCGUGGCCAGCAGGGGGCGACCACGUCCUCCUCUCAGACUCAGACCCUGCAGGCUCUCAGUCUGAAGCAGAGCCCCGUGCCCAUCCAGCCCGCCUCACUGAUCAAGAGUCCCAGCCAAGUGAUGCAGGCCUCCGCGGGGGGGAAGGCCGGCUCCUCUGACGGCUCGUUUGAAGCGGGGAAGAAGGGGAGCGGCGCGGCAGUCACAGAAGUCCGAGCUAUAAACAUGAGCCGCAGCGUCACCGCCAUCAGUGCUCAGCCCCUGAUUGCUCCAGCAUACACACAGAUCCAGCCCCAUUCCCUGGUUCAGCAGCACAAGCAGCAGCAGCAGCAGCAGCAGCAGCAGCAGCAGCAGCAGCAGCAGCAGUUUGUGGUCCACCAGAGUCAAGCUUCCCAGAGGGCCGCGGGCCAGCUGCUGCAGACCGCCUCCAUUCAGCCAUCGCAGCACCCGGUCCCCGUUCUGCCCAAACCGGCUCCGCACCAGCCCUCCAUGCCCAGCCAGCAGGCCACCAUCUUCCACUCCACCAUCAGCCCCCACGGCAUCCACUCCUGCCUCAACCACGCCAAAGCUCAGCCCGUCCAGCUCACUGCCAUCAACCUGCAAAUACAGCCAACGGCCGCCCGAGGACUGGUCCAGGACAGUAAAGAUAAGCCGACAUCUCUGGUGGUCAGGGAGACGUGUCCAGCCCCCGCCACACAACAGCAGCAGCAGCAGCAACAGCAGCAGCAACAACAACAACAGCAGCAACAGCAGCAGCAACAACCUGCGCCUUCGCCAUUGCAACCCGCCAAGCCCGUCGAGCAGCCCAAGGUCACUCCAGCCGCACCAGCUGUUCAGCCACAAGCGGGCACCGGGGUCUCCGCUAAGAGGGCGAGCGCCGCGCCCGGGACCCUGGCUCCGGCCAUGACCCCGGGGACCGAGAGCGAGGCGCCCACCGUGACCGGCAGCGCGCCGCAGAACGGGGACAGCAAACCGCCGCAGGCCAUCGUCAAGCCCCAGGUCCUCACGCACGUCAUCGAAGGCUUCGUCAUCCAGGAGGGAGCCGAGCCGUUCCCCGUGUGUGUGGAGCGUCUGCCGAUUCUGAUGGACAGCCCGAAGAAGCUGGAUCACCAGCUCUCCUCAGACCCCGACAAAACCCCCGUCAGCAACGCAGCCAACAGCGACUCUGAGCCCGAGGACAUGAACCUGCCAGAAAAAGAGCAAGAACCCAAGCUGACGUGUGAAUACUGUGGCUGGGUCGACUUCGCCUACACAUUCAAAGGCUCCAAAAGGUUCUGCUCCAUGGUGUGUGCGAAGAGGUACAACGUCGGCUGCACGAAGCGGAUCGGCCUCUUCCGCCCGGAGAGGAGUAAACCCACGAACCGCUGGCGUCGAAGAUCUCCGGGUCGCUCCAGUGUAGAGGCGAAGAAGCAGAAGCUGCCCCCCUCGCCGCAGCCGGCCCAGGGCGGCUCCGUGUCUUCGCCGCACCCCUCGCAGCCCAGUCAGGAGGAGUCCAGCCCGUGUUCGGACAUGUCCAGCUACGAGGAGCCGCCGUCUCCCCUGUCGGCGGCCAGCUCGGGGCCCCUGCCCCCCGCCCCGUCCCCGGCUCAGGUUCCCGUCCACCGGCAUCCGAGCAGGGCCUCCGACCAGGACGUUGUGUGUGCCGUUCGAGACGCGCCGUCACCCUGUCGGCGCUUCUUACCCAACGACCCCACCAAGUGGAACGUGGAAGAGGUUUACGACUUCAUCCGCUCGCUGCCAGGUUGUCAAGAGAUCGCGGACGAGUUUCGCUCCCAGGAGAUCGACGGACAGGCCUUGCUGCUGUUGAAGGAGGACCACCUCAUGAGCACCAUGAACAUUAAACUGGGACCGGCGCUCAAGAUCUUCGCCCGCAUCAACAUGCUCAAAGACUCUUAGCAGGAAGGUGUGUGUGUGUAAGUGUGUGAGAGAAGAGCAGACUGUAGAACUAAAUUAAAUUAUAAUAAUAACGACCAUAUAUAUCCUGGCACAGACCGACUGCACUACGGCCUCGCCUCCUCCCCCACUACUGGACCGGUUCCUUCGGAUCGCACUCUAGACGGCACUCGUGUUCGCCUGCAUCCGCUCCAUAAUGUCACGAUGUCCGCUUCAUCUUUCGCGGGGCUGACGGAGGUUGUUGUUGUUGUUGUUGUCGUUGUUCGUAGAGUUGCAGCUCGAGCACUGGGAGCUUUUAGUCUGCGUUUACGUGCACUCACCGUGAGGUCCGUGCCAUAUUCCAAAAUGUUGAUUCUCACAUUGAAAAUGAGUGAUCCAAACCUUUUAAUAAAGAACAAGGCAACGCUAGGCGUAAAUGCAUUAGGGCUCUUACACUCGGCCUCGAAGGACUUCCCAACCUCGGUUCUAUUUAUUCCUGUUGCUUGCUUUGACGAGGAACAGCUGAUGGGUGAGGUUGAAAUGAGCAGCUGGAGGGAGAUUUUUGCUGUUUGCUAUAUUGUGUGUCAGUAGACGGAAAAUCUCACAAUAUAAAAUGUGUGUUUUCUGUUUUAAAAAGUACAAAUUUGGGAAGAUUAAGUACAAAACCAGGUGGCUUGUUUACAUGACGCAACGUAGCGCUUGCUGUUGGGACAGGGCGGCUCUCUCUCUCUCGCUCUGUGGCCGAGCCACUCUUCGAAUAUACGUAUUCAAAAUUAGAAUAUUCGAUGACGGCCCUAAAGUGCAUGCACAACACAUUGCAUUUUUUGGGCCACUAUUGGCUCCAGCGGACCUGAUUUUGGAUGUGGUCUGGCCUCCCCAGCAUUGCGGUCCGAUCACAGCCGGGCCGUAAAGGCCACCGUGGAGCUGCAGGGCAUUUCUUUGACCCGAGACAUGCGGGGUUGUGUACUUAUUACGCAAUUGAAGAUCUUCUCAUAACGAUGGCAGAACUUUCAAUAACAAGAGCGCUUAUUAAUACCAGGUGAGGAUGCUACGACCUCAGAUAACACAUCUAGUGGAGACUCCUUGAUUAAAAUCUCGGAUUUUGGCCCGUUGGGAAGAAAAAAAAAGAACGUACCGGUAAAUAAAACUUAAGAAAGCUGAAAGAACACGUCGUGCACUACAGCUCAGCUGUGUCGGGUCACACUGCAACACAGUCGUUACUGAAUUACGGCAUUUAGACAACGUGAGGGAAGACCGAAUUAAUUAUUCUAUUAUUAGAGAUGUUUUUUCUUUAGUCGGCGUGAAUGAAAGAGAGCCCUUUCUCUCUGUAUAUAUGGCUGGGAACAGAACAAUUUCAUUCAAUAAUGUUCUCAUUUCUAUUCAGCUGGUACCCCUUUUGCCUUUUUCUCACAAUAAGACUCGCAGCUCUUCGACACAAAGCUCCGCACAGUUUCUCCGGCGGCCAUCGAUUUCACUUUGACUGAGGAAGUCUCCAGUUUUUCCACCUGUAGAUUUAAACGGCUCACGAAUGAUUUUUCAAAAGGAUCUACUAGAAUGUGACAUUGAUUUCUUGUCUCGGUUUCAUAAGGAAAGACACUAAGUUAUCGGAGGAACAAUUUGGGUGCGCCGCUCUCUUCACGCGGCACCGACUUUUGGCACUUAUUUUCCUUUUUUUUUUUUAAAUGUGCUUUAACAUUACGAGACACUCCACUUCGAGUGAGAGCGGAAAUCGUGCAGCGACGCAAACGAGUGUAUUUGUACAUAGCAGCUCGAUCGAGGGGGAAAAGACUAAGUGUAAAGCUGUUUUCUUUAAGUUAUCCUUUUUUAUUUUAUAACAGAAAUGUAACUGUUCAAUAUUUUGAAAUAUGCAAAUGUAUAAACAUCAAGGCCUGGGAGUUGUUUUUUAUUAUUAUAAUUUUGUGUUUUGUGGCUGUGAUGGAAAGUCAACCUUUUUUUUUUUUUUA